AUGGCAGACAGUUCAGAUACCGCCAGUAUUGAUUCCCAUAAAAUCACUCCUUACGAGCAGACAACCGGACACCAUAAUGAACCCCUCGCAAAAAAGAUAAGUCACAGUUUGGAGCAAUUUCGCUCACGCGACUCUGAGGAUGAAAAAGAGUUGGCAAGGUUAGUCACCAAUAAUCAGGGAGUUGAAAAAAUUAAAUCGGAACUUCAUGAAGGUGCUGGGCGCUUGGGACCGUUGGAGCCAGAAUUGGAUAUAAAAAGAGAGUUGACGCAUGCCGAUCCAAACUCGGAUUUCAAUGAAAAUGAUCCUUGGAAGUAUCCUCUUGAUUUAGAUACCGGUUUGAGGAUUGUUCAAUGGGUUGAAAAUGACAAGCAGAACCCAAAAACAUUUGGAAAAGGAAGAAAAUGGUUGUUUACCGGUUUGCUUGGGUCGAUUUGUUUUGUUGUUGCUCUUGGAUCUGCUAUUGUGACAGGUGACUUGGGGCGACCAGCUGUUU